AUGCGUUUCUACUGGUUGGCGUUCCAGGGUGUGGACAGCAAGACCGUGUGGCAGUCGUACAAGGACUGCAUUCCUCUUGAAGGAUCAGGUGGUUCCUCGACGACUACGACUUCCCAGACAUCGCAGACGUCGUCGACUACUGGUGCCGAGUCGGAUACUCCGUCCAGCGAUAACUCUAACACCCCAUCCAGCGAUAACUCCAACACCCCAUCCAGUGGUGACUCGAACACUCCAUCCAGCGGAGAUUCCAACACGCCUUCCAGCGGUGACUCUAACAGUCCGUCGAGUGAGAACUCCAGUACUCCAUCCGGUGGUGAAUCGCAGAACUCGUGGACUGGUAACACUGCAACACCAGCCCCGGAGUCGGCAUCCUCGCAGUCUGGCACGACGCAGACGUCUACUUGGACAUCUAGCUGGAACACGUGGAACCAGGCUCCCACCACUCAGGGCGAUACUCCGACGACAACCACGGCCCCGUCGUUCAGCUUCCGCCACUAGAUGUUUUAUAUCUCUGUCAGUGUAAGUGAGACUAUAGCAGUUUUCCAGUCGUCAUGUACAAGUCAAUGAAAAA